UCUCGGACCAUGGUACAGCUCUCUUCAUCACAGGCUCUGGAUGAGUCUCCACCCCCUGAGACAUGCACUGAGGGUGAGGUAGGACAAGGGAGUCCUAAACUUGACUCUCCUCGGGCUCUCGCAUCUCUGCAGCUGUCCCUUAACCCUUCCUUCAGAACCUACCCAGGCUAUGAAACCUACAUUGAGGACGGCCUCAUCUGUCUGAAGCACAAAAUUCGCAACAUUGAGAAAAAGAAGCUGAAACUUGAAGAGUACAAAAGACGACUACAAAAUGGAGACAGCCUCAAUCAAGACCAACUUGAUGCAGUAGGCAGAUAUGAGGAAGUGAUCCACAACCUGUCCUUUGCCAAAGAGCUGCACAAGACCCUCAGUGUCCUGACCCAAGAUCUGCUGAAGGCUCAGAGGAAGGCGGUGCGGCGGGAAGAAGCGAUGAAGGUGGAGCUGGAGCAGAGGCGUCUUAGCAUGGUGCUGCAGGUGCAGUAUAUCCUGCGCUGUCUGCAGCAGGAACAUGUGAGGAAGGAGCUAAUCAGCCUGCAUAGCCACAGUCAUUUCCUGUCUGCACAGGAACUGAAGAGACUGCUUGACCUCUCUGCCUUGCUAGGCUGCCAAAGAGAUGAGAGCAUGAGUUUGGAGGAACAGAUGGAACAAGCCUCCUAUGUUUACUUGGAACUUCUUGAGGGGAAAGACAAACCAGUUGUUGGCUCCACAUACAAGCACAUGAAGGAACAGCUGCUCCGACUGAUGGAUUGUGGGUUCUUUGAUCAUGUGCUUGUUCCUGCAUGUGAAAGCCUUAAGGAGGCAGAGACGAAAAAAUCUCCCUCAAAAGGAGGAAGCCUGUCUGCAAUGAUGAAGCUGAAGUCAAAUGAAGUGCCUUCAAGAGAGUUUCUUAACAGACGCUACCUACCUGACACGGACGCCACCAGCGGACAUGGGCAGGAUGCUGAUGACUCGCCGCCCAGCUGGAAAGCAGAAUUUCUAGCCCUCAAGGAUCAAGAACCACCAGAUUCUUGGGAUAUGGAGUUUACGGAGAAGCCAGUGUCUCCGGAGCCCGGCCUGCAGAAACCAUGGCGAGGGGCAGCAGGAUUCAUCCUCAAAAUACCGGUCACUGUGAAGAAGUCCAAUGCUGAUCAAAAACAGAAACGACAGAAGAGAACUAAAGAUGGACAAAUGGAUGGCCCAGUGGAGAUGUUGGGUUCUCUGUCUUCCCUACCUGAGGACCCAGCGCUAAGAAAGCAGCAGCUGGAGGAUCUGAUGGAUCAGAUUAGAGGUUCCUUUAAUUUCAUGCAGGACUCUCUGCUGGACAGUGAGGCUUCUCAAUCUAAUGUUUGUCCUGGAAUGGGACACCCAGCGCCAUCAACUCCUAUAUCUUCCCGACUCCUGCCAGGAGAGCAGAAAACAAGCCUGACCAAUGGAGAGCAGUCUAUGGAUGGCUGUGAACUGAACCUCAGUGCUGAGGAGCUACAGCAGUGUGAGAGCGAAGACUUUUCCUCUCCACCCCUUUACAACAGGAAGUCUAGCCUCCCCCUUUCUCUGGAAGAGGACACCACUCGGGUUGGGAGGCAGUCUCCUUGUAAUGGGGCUGUUCCCCCAUCCUCAGUGCCAGCCCAGGUCUUCUCCACCCCACCCAGCGGACGCUCCAUCAGCAUGGCCAGCACGGCCCCCUUUCACAAUGUCCAUUCUGUGAUGAACCCACCUGUUUCUUCUGACUCGGACUCUGACCCUAAGGCAGACAUGAGUAACUACACUGCCUCUUCCUGCCUCACCUAUAGUACUGCCAGCACCCUGAGUUACUCCACCGCCAGCACACAGACCCCGCCUGAUGAAGACAGCCUGCAACCAGAGGUCCUGUACCAGGCUGAGUGUCAGGUCAGUAACGAUGGCCAGCUGUACUCCACGAGCGGCCAGUCUCGCCUGGGCCAGCCGUACUACUCGCGUGGCACCGUCAGAGGUGGUUAUGAGGGUUUCAGGACUGGUCUCCGCUCCCCAGGAGGAAGUUACAUCCCCCAGAGCCACAGCAUGAGAGAGACUGCCUCUGUGUUGUACGCUACCCGGGAGACAGGAUACCAGCAGGGCUAUAAGCGUGGUGGAAGUACGGGCUCAGGUCAGAGAAACAAUUCAAGUGCUGGUUGGAGUGAUUCAUCUCAGGUGAGCAGUCCUGACAGAGAGGGCACCUAUAUGGUGGACUCUGGACAUGGCACUGACUCCACCCUCUCAAUCUCACCCAUGGAGCUGCCAGUCACACCCCAGGGCCCACACACCCUCAUGCCUGUGCAUGUGUACCCGCUUUCCCAACAGAUGCGUGUGGCUUUCUCUGCCGCCCGCACCGCCAACUUUGCCCCCGGCACACUCAAUCAGCCAAUCACCUUUGACCUGCUGCACAGUAACCUGGGUGACAUGUUUGACAUGCUAACGGGGCGCUUCUCGUGUCCCGUAGCGGGCACUUACGUCUUCUUCUUUCACAUCCUCAAGCUCGCCAUCAACGUGCCACUCUAUGUCAAUCUGAUGCGUAACGAGGAAGUCAUGGUGUCUGCGUACGCCAACGACGGUGCACCUGACCACGAGACGGCUAGCAACCACGCCGUGCUGCAGCUCUACCAGGGUGACCAAGUUUGGCUGCGGCUACAUCGUGGUGCCAUCUACAGCAGCAGCUGGAAGUAUAGCACCUUCUCAGGCUUCCUCCUCUAUCAGGGCUGA